CUUCCCUGAUCCGCAAGGAGGAGAUUCACGAGUAGGCAGCAAGCAAAGCGAUGGCGCUGCUGCAAACAAAAUGCAGCUGGGCAGGGGCGCCAUCCCUCUAUUCUUGCCAAAGCAAUGGACAGGGCAGAGAUCGAAUUGCAAGUGGAGGACCACAGCAUCCGCCUCAAGCGGGAGAUUGUGAUCGAGAUUCCCAAGAAGGAGCUCAUCUCCAAGCUCUGUUCUUCUAUUAUCGGUCAGGCGCAUCGGGAUGAUUUUCUGCUGCUUUGUGACAAGCUGGAGCAAAUAAUUGCCUUGCAGUAUCGCUCUAGACGAGAGAAUCUCACUAACAUUGCAGAUGUCUAUGAGCUCUUCAAUCCUCUUGGCAAUGUCAAGAAGCUGGAAAGCUUUUCUGAAGCCCAAGUCAAGGAAAGUACGUAAGUGUCUCUCACUUUUCCUGCUAUGGUUCAGUGAUUAUAAUAUAGACAAGCUGUCAGCCCAUGCACAAAAGUAACUUCAAGGCUUUGAGC